AGACGGUCGUUUGUCCAGACAUGACGUAUUUACCCAAGUUAUCAGUUUUGCUCUUGUUCGCGAUAUGUGGCGGUCAAGUGGACAGUCAAAAGGACCCGACUCCGAAAGUAGAGGCCUUGUAUCCUAAAGGUUUUAGAGUCACCUUAGAUGACGACAACUACCAGUUCUUCGGAUUUCGUGGAAAUAUCAACAAACCAUUCGACGAUGGGAUCAACGAGGGAGAAAUUAAAAAGGAUAUUGUUAACAAAAGUCGCGGCAAGUGGAUAUACACGAACCGCGAUGUGGCCUUGAAGAUCGGAGACACUAUAUAUUACUGGAUCUUUAUAAGGCAGAAUGGACAGGGUCGUAUGAUCACUGAACUGGAACACACGGUCACAGAAUUCGUGAACCCUGAUGGCACGCCUGUAAAACCUUCAGGUGGUGCGCAGCCUGCAACACAGGCACCAAACACAAACACAGCAUGGGUCUGGGGCGGUCCCACCGCAAAUGGCAAUCAACCCUCAAACAGAUUCGACCCCCCUGGACCCGACUGUCCGAUUUCCAAGACCAUGGUCGUAGGCCUAGGGAAUAUAUGCGCAGAAACCUUGAUAUUCAAUGAGGAAUUUACUAAAACGAAGCUAAGGGAGUUAACGCAGUGGGAAUCGUUAAUCCAGUUUCCCGAUGAACCCGACUACCCAUUCAACUUGUACAGACCGGAGAACACCAUCACUUUGGAAGAUGGUUCUCUGGUCAUCACUCCAGUCCUGACUGAGUCAGACACCCAAUCCCUUUAUGCGGUUAUGGAUUUAUCUACCAGUUGCACAGGUAAAAUUAAUUCACUUGAAUGCCGGAGGGAGGGUGUCGGAGCUCAAAUCCUUCCACCUGUGACCACGGGCAAGAUAUCCACUCGACACACCUUCAGCUUCAAGUACGGGAGGGUCGAAGUACGGGCUAAACUACCUUCUGGUAGCUGGAUCGUACCUGAGAUCAAUCUGGAACCAACAGACAGCGCCUACGGUUCAACCAGAUACGCAUCAGGUCUGAUGCGGGUGGCCUUCGUUCGGGGUAACCUCGGUCUGGCGAAGAAGUUGUAUGGAGGCCCAGUGCUCACUGACUCCGGGCCCUUCAGAACUGCCCUGCUGAAGGAGAAGAUCGGCAUCGACAACUGGCAUAAGGACUUCCAUAACUAUACCAUGGUUUGGAGACCAGAUGGCAUGGAGUUUCUGGUUGAUGGAGAGCAGUACGGCACCAUCAGCCCCGGCGGGGGCUUCUUCGAGGAAGCUCGUAAGAACAGUGUCCCGCAUGCGUCAGUUUGGCAGAGAGGAACUGUCAUGGCGCCCUUGGAUCAGAUGUUCCAUCUAACCCUUGGUCUUCGCGUGGGAGGAGUCUACGACUUCGAUGAUGGCUUAGAAGGCAAACCAUGGAGGAACACCGCUAGCAAGGCCAUGCUUAACUUCUGGAAAGCAAAAGACACCUGGUUCCCCACUUGGUAUAACGGAGCUAUGAAGAUUGAUUACGUUAGGGUGUACGCUCUUUAAAUGUGGUUUCUAACGACUGUGAACAUAAACGAUAACCUCCAUGUAAAAUGGCCCUUAUUUUGUUUACUGACGUAAUUUUCCCUCCGUUGUCCUUCUUUACGUAGCUCCUGUAUUAUUAUGGAAACCUGGACUUCACCAAUGGGGAAUACUUGUCAUAGCUCUGCCGAGAUGGCGCCACUAUCACUAGGACAAACUCCCAUUGCAAUUUGUAAUUAUGUAUUCAUAAAUUAUCUACAAUAGUGAUGUCAUAUUGUGAUAAUAAUCCAUUAUUCCUAAUUUGUACUUUAAAUAUAAUGUAUUUUUAUCAAGCUUUGAACUAUUAGCUAAUCAAACCAAUGUUUAGUGUUUACGAUAGUGCUGCACUCUUGCGACAGAACUUUGUACUUUGUCUAGUCUGUCUAAAUGGCUCAAAACAAGUUCUCACCUAGGUACAAUUCUACGCUGCCACGAAAUAAAAUUAUUAAAAUAGC